AUGGAUGAGAAGUGUGUAAAAGACUGUAUCGUGAAUAUAUGUAUGAAGGCAUCAACAAAAGCAACUCCAACCAAAUGUACCAAUCCAUGCCAGGCAAUAUGUGAUCCAUUCGGUAAUAAGCGCUUCAUCGUCCCCCGAGGUGGUCAAAAUCCAUGUGAGCUACAAUCAGGUCUGGGUACACGCAUUAUGAUCAGUGAUCAAUUGAAAUCUCUAAGCUCUUGGGAGAUAUAA